CUCCUCUCUGCUCUGCCCUUCAGUCUCUCUCGCCUUGCCCAGCCUUCUCGUCUCCAGGCACCAUGACCAGCAAGUCCACCACAAGGAUCCAGAGCAGCAGCAGCAGCCGCAGAGGCUUCAGUGCCAGCUCAGCCAGAGCCCCAGGGCUCUGCCGCUCUGGCUUCAGCAGCAUGUCUGUGUCCCGCUCCAGGGGCAGUGGUGGCAUGGGGGCGGCAUGCAGAAGCGCAGGCUUUGGCAGCAGGAGCCUCUAUGGCACAGGGGUCUCCAAGAGGAUCUCCAUUGGAGGGGGCAGCUGCGCCAUAGGCGGCGGAUAUGGCAGCGGAGUUGGAGGUGGCUUCGGCUUCAGCAGUGGAUUUGGUUUUGGAGGUGGAGCUGGUAGUGGCUUUGGGCUCGGUGGUGCUGCUGGCCUUGGUGGUGGCUACGGGGGCGCUGGCUUCCCUGUGUGCCCCCCUGGAGGCAUCCAGGAGGUCACCAUCAACCAGAAUCUCCUGACUCCUCUGAACCUGGAAAUCGACCCCACCAUCCAGCGGGUGAGGACCGAGGAGCGUGAGCAGAUCAAGACCCUCAACAACAAGUUUGCCUCCUUCAUCGACAAGGUGCGGUUCCUGGAACAACAGAACAAGGUCCUGGACACCAAAUGGACCCUGCUCCAAGAACAGGGCACUAAGACAGUGCGACAGAACCUGGAGCCUUUGUUUGAGCAGUACAUCAGCAACCUCAGGAGGCAGCUGGACUCCAUCCUUGGGGAGAGAGGUCGCUUGGACUCAGAACUCAGGAGCAUGCAGGAUCUGGUAGAAGAUUACAAGAACAAAUAUGAAGAUGAAAUCAACAAACGCACAGCAGCAGAGAAUGAGUUUGUGACCCUGAAGAAGGAUGUGGAUGCUGCCUACAUGAACAAGGUGGAACUGCAAGCCAAGGCAGACAGUCUCAUGGAUGAGAUCAACUUCCUCAGAGCCAUCUAUGAGGCAGAACUGUCUCAGAUGCAAACCCACAUCUCAGACACUUCUGUGGUGCUGUCCAUGGACAACAACCGCAACCUGGACCUGGACAGCAUCAUCGCCGAAGUCAAGGCCCAAUAUGAGGAGAUCGCUCAGAGGAGCCGGGCUGAGGCUGAGUCCUGGUACCAGACCAAGUAUGAGGAGCUGCAGGUCACAGCAGGCAGACAUGGGGAUGACCUGCGCAACACCAAGCAGGAGAUUGCUGAGAUCAACCGCAUGAUCCAGAGGCUCAGAUCGGAGAUCGACCACGUCAAGAAGCAGUGCGCCAGCCUGCAGGCCGCCAUUGCUGAUGCGGAGCAGCGUGGGGAGAUGGCCCUCAAGGAUGCCAAGAGCAAGCUGGAAGGGCUGGAGGACGCCCUGCAGAAGGCCAAGCAGGACAUGGCCAGGCUGCUGAAGGAGUACCAGGAGCUCAUGAAUGUCAAGCUGGCCCUGGACGUGGAGAUCGCCACCUACAGGAAGCUGCUGGAAGGCGAGGAGUGCAGGCUGAGUGGCGAGGGCGUUGGACCCGUCAACAUCUCUGUGGUGCAGUCCACUGUGUCCAGCGGCUAUGGCAGCGCUGGGGGUGCCGGCAGUGGCUUCGGACUGGGCGGAGGCAACAGCUACUCCUACAGCAGUGGUCACAGCCUUGGAGGUGGCUUCAGUUCUGGCAGUGGCAGAGGCAUCGGGGGUGGCCUCAGCUCCUCUGGUGGCAGCAGCUCCACCAUCAAAUACUCCUCCACCACCUCCAGCAGGAGCUACAAGCACUGAAGUCCUGCACUGGCCCUUGUCCCACCCUGCUCAGCCCUCUGGUGUAGAGCCCUCUGCUCAGGAUCUUUUCCUCCUCUGCCUCCACCUCUGCUCUCUAGCUGGGGCUGCGGAAGGCCCCUGCCCUCCUGGCUCCUCUGUUUACCUGCUCCUCAGAGAUCCAGUGGCUCUCCUCAGAAUGUUAUCCUCUGAUCUCACAUCAUGGUUCAGUCACAUCUGGUGUCUCACUUUGUUACCUAGUUAUCUAGCUCUUACCUUCUUAGUUUAUCUCUGAAGCUGAGCAUUACAAGAAAAUUAUCUCUGCCCCUCUCAUUCCAGAAAUUCGUGCCAAGGUCCUUUGCAAAAAUUAAGCAAAUUUCCUUUAAUUUCCCUUGACCCAAGAACAUCUUACAAAUGUUGAGCACCCACUUCACAUACCUGGAAGCCUUGUGAUGAGUCCUCAGAUGUGCAGUAUCUGUAUCACUGUGAUGUUUUCUCUCUUUUAAAUGCUAAAUAAAGCAGAU